CUAAUAGCAGCCAAUCAAAUGACGUUAUUUGGUGGCAAUUGCUUCCGUAGCAACAACCAAAUUUACACUACAAAAAAAAUAAUGGUAGCCUAUUACUAAACUAGAGGUUUAUUAUUAAUUUGCUCAUGAAAUAAAGUUAGGAAAUCCCAUAUCAACAUGGCAGCUUCAGAGGUUUCUAAAAAGGAACAAAAUCCCAAAAUUCCUAUAUUACCAGGAGUCUCAUACCUACCAGAUAAAAUUGAAGUUGCUGAGAAUCCGGCACUAAUUCAGAAAAUUGAAGGUGAAUUUUUUGACUUCCUUGUAACUUUGAAUGAUAUACUAAAACUUCUGCAUCUAAUAAAGCCGAAGCACCUUCGAAGUUUAAAUCCAAUUCCUCAUAACGUUAUCAGAGAAAUGAGAGUGUUUGGAAAUAAAGGACCUUUGUAUAAAAAAUUUGACAAACAAACAAGUGGUACUAUUCCUGGGAUAUCAGCCUCUGCUGACAAUCUGUUUAGGCGAGGGAUGAGCCAAGGAAGUUAUUUAGGAGGCAAAGCACGACCUUUGCUCAAAAAAGAGGGUGUGAAAAAGAAAACCUUAGAAUCUGAUUUAGUUGAGAUUAUUGGCAAAAAAACAAAACCACUUUGGCAUACAGUGGCUCUUGAAAGACCCCCAGAACUCAAUUUAACACAAGUAUUAGAAAAGAAAGCUGAAAACACCACAGAUGAGACAGCCCAAACCAGGCUUCAGAGAGAUAUAAUCAACAAGAAAAACAUUCCAGUGACUAGAACACACUCAGAAAGUAUUAUCAUUGCCAUAAAAUAUCUCAUGCAAACACAAGUGCGAACAAAGGAUAAAAAUUUUCAAAAUCAGAUGGAUAUGAUGGCUGCAUCCGAUGCUGGAUUCAAAAGUGUGGAUGCUUACAAAACAUACCUAGACACCCUGAAACCACAUUGGUUUAAAGAUCUACUGAAAGAUUGCAUACACAUUGGCCUCUUUACCAGUAGAGAGAUCUUGGAAGCAUUUGAAAAUCUAGGCCACUUUUACCAUAUGGAUGAUAACUCUUUGGUUCUCGCUAAGCCUAGACUUUGCUACUUGCUCAUGUCACUUCCUAUAUGGGACGUAUGUCGCUUGCCGGUUCAACGAGUAUUUGAUUUUAUUCUGUAUCAAAUCAUCCAAGAACCUAAAAUUAAAAACAUCAUUGAAGAAUGGCUGACUGUGAGGAAACUGUCCUACGUAGUGAUGGCGCCCAUUUAUGCUGAUGAUUUGCUUGGGAUGACUGAAGCCCAGCAACAGCAGCAGCAAGAACAACCACAACAACAGAUAAUAGUAAUACAUACACCUAGUGAGCACACUAACCAGUAAAGAAGUAUUUGAGAUCAACAUGGAUAACAGCAGUUCAGUCCAAUAAUGUCAAAAGUCAGGACUUAGGUGUAAUGUAGUUGUAUUGAGUGGUAAGGCUGGUAGAAUAUAAUCCAUUGUGUUGAUAUAAAAAUGAUAGCAGGAACAAUUAUUUUAGGAACAAUUAUUUUAAUGAUGCCAAUUUUAAUAAGUGGAAGCAACAAAAUUACUGAAAUAAUGAAUGUGUUUGGAUUAAGGAUAAUUCUUAGAUAAUA